AAUUUCAGAGGGCAGCAUCUUUUCUCCAAGGACGCCUCUAACCUUUCUUUCUCUCCCUCUCUCUCUCUCUGUGGUUUGCCUGCAGACUUCCGAUACAGAAAGCACAAAAGCUCAGCUCUGGGCAAAGGCUCUGAGCUCUGCCUGAGGAGCCGUCUCUCUCCAUCCCUACAAGGCCACCUGGACUUCCAGAAUGGCUUUCUCCUGGAUCACUCCGGCAUGGCUCCCAUCCAAGAAGGGCUGGAGAAACCUUCCGGGAAGCGCAAAUGCAAAACCAAACACCUGUCGGGCCUCUGCGAAGAGGGGAAGGAUGUGGUGAUGUACUGCCUGCAGAAGCCGAACAACGACGUCAACCACCGAGACAACGCCGGGUACACCGCUCUGCAUGAGGCCUGCGCUCGGGGCUGGGUGGACAUCCUGCAGACAUUGCUGGAACACGGGGCCAACGUGAAUUGCAGCGCACAGGAUGGCACCAGGCCUGUACACGAUGCAGUCGCGAACGACAACCUGAAGAUUUUGUGGCUGCUCCUCUCCUACGGUGCUGAUCCAACCCUAGCCACCUAUUCCGGGCAGACGGCCUUGAAGCUAGCCAACAGCGAUGUGAUGAAGAGCUUCCUGACUGAUCACCUCUUGGACCUGCAGGGACGACCUGAUGGGGAUCCCCAGACCGCCUGGGAUUUUCACAGCAGCUCGGUACUAGAGGAGAAAGAGGAGAUCAGCUGCGACCUUCUGCUCGACCCUCCUGGGGGCUCUGAUCAGGAGGAGGAGGAGGAGCAGGACUCGGACAGCUUAAUGUUUGAGUUCUCGGAGAAGCCGCUGCUUGCUUGCUACAACCUGCAAGUUUCCGUCUCCCGAGGGCCCUGCAACUGGUUCCUCUUCUCGGACGUCCUCAAGCGCCUGAAACUCUCCUCCCGCAUCUUUCAAGCUCGCUUCCCGCACUUUGAAGUGACGACUCUGCCCCGAGCCGAGUUCCAGCACCAGAUCUCGCUCAGCCAAGUCUUGUCUCCGGAAGAAAUCCAGGAAUACGUGUGUCCCCCGGCAACUCCGGGCGCCGUAGAGACGGUUGAGCUGGUCCGUUACCAGCCGGAGCUGGUCCGAUUGUUGGGCUCUGACGUGGCAUUCGAAGCCUGGAGCAGCUGA